AUGAGGCAGAGAAAGGGUCUUAUGUUGCUACUUGGUGGCCUCGUAGGUCUCCUCAGCAAUGUAUCGGCUGCUUCACCUCCGGUCAGUAUCUCGCUGGAAACCAGUUGGCCUGCACCACCCCUUUUACUAGAAAUACUUGAAACAGUAUAUGAUGAAUCACCUUCUUCUUAUUUCCCUUUACUUCACCUUUUAUCCUCAUUACCAACUUCUUCAUCAGACGAUGAAAUACUCUCAUCAACACUAAAUCUGAUUGGAUCGUACUCGCUUUUACCUAAUCCAUCAUCAAUAUCGAUCUUCAACUUAGCAUUGUCCUUACAUACUGCUGUGCCCAGGAUUGAAGCUGAAUAUUCGUGGUAUGAAAGUAUCGUUCGACCUCAAGAAGGUAAAUUGGGUGUGGAAGGUUGUGAUAGCUGGGUUCAAUGGAGAGGUAAAGGUUUUUGCAGUUUGACUGAUCUGAGAAAAGAUUUGGAAUGGAGCAUAGAAGAAGGUUUACAUCAUACCGAAAUGAGACCUACUUCAUUACCGUUCGAUCACGUUUCGUCCACAUCAUCAACUUUCCAAGCUAUUUUGUAUUUGCAAGCAGGAGAAGCAUCGUCAAAUGAUCUAUUAAACUACCUACAACAUCAUUCAAACGAAUAUCCAAAUUUCGGUUAUAUAAUACGAUAUCUACCUCCUCCAUCCUCGAACAGGAAUCAAGAGAGAAAGACCGCUUUAUCAGGAUGGGGAGUCGAGAUGGCUCUCAAGAAGACCGACUACCUGGUGGUAGACGACAGAGCUUCUGGCAGUUCGAAGACUGACUCCAAUGUCAUUUCUCAAGAAAAAGCCGAUGGCAGAGGAAAGGGGAUUUUCGAGGAUGUAUUAGGGAGUGAUCCAUGGAGUGAUCUUUCUACUCCUCUAACAAGUGAUGAGAUCAAAGAUCUUGCACUAAAAGCUUCAACAUUAAUCAUGUCGUCGGACAAUCCCCUCGAAGCUUUGACCCAUCUCUCACAAGAUUUCCCCAAAUACUCAGCUGCAUUAGCUAGACAAGUCCAAGUUCCGGAUGAAAUCCGAACGAAAGCUAGACAGAUGUUACAAAGAGGAAAAUCGUUAGAAGCGAUCUACAUCAAUGGGAAAGCAUGGGCUGAAGGUUUGGAUGCUUACGGCUUACUCCGAGCCAUUCGGACAGAACGACAACACGUACUUUCUUUGACUUCCCUUGGCCUUACCCCCACACAAGCUAUCGAGCUGAUCUCUGAUCCCGUGAUUGGCGAAGCACAAGUGGAGGACUCUCCAGGAGAAGGCGUGGUAGAUGCUAGUGAUAGAAUCGAAGGUGGAAACGUGAUUGUCUAUUGGAACAAUAUUGAAAAGGAUAAGAGGUAUAAGAAUUGGCCGUCUAGUGCAGGAGGAUAUCUCAGACAACAUUAUCCUGGUCAGUUCUAUACAAUUCGGAAAAAUACUUGGAACCUCAUAUUCGUCCUCGACCUCGCUCAAGUUUCUUCAUUGGAUAUAAUUGCAAAUUCAAUCAGUCCAAUGAUCCAACGUGGUUUGCCCAUUAGAUUCGGGGUCGUGCCUAUGUUCCAACUUGGACAAGAUGAUAUUUCUUCCCAGAUGGCUAAAAUUUUCCACUAUGUCGUCAAAACGUUUGGAAGAGGCUCUACCAGGGAGUUCUUCACCACGCUUAUCAGCAUGACCCCUCAUACUCCCGCUACACCGGGAAUAGUCAAACUUGACAGUGUCCGAGAAGCGUAUGAUUCCCUUGUCCACCCUUCAACAAAGGCGGCUUUACCAUUUGACGAGUUGCUGUCGACUGAGCUAUAUGACCCUCAUCUUGAGAAAACAGAAGCCUAUAUGGCUAGAUUGAUGGCUACAAAAGAAGAAUCCUCGCAGGGUCACUUGUUCGUCAACGGUCGGCACACAAUAAUGGGAGGACAUUGGACAGCCAUAGUCCAAUCUGAAAUGGCCACUCAACUUGCUUUUUUACAAGAACAAUUGAUGUUAGGGGAACAACCUUCGGAUCUAGCACAUUUCUUCUACGAUCUGCCUUCGACAUCGAAAAGAAGGAAUAAACUCGUUAAUCCGGGUCAAGGUGAAGCCAAAUUGAAAACGUUCAAUCUCAUUGAUAUCUUCCAAGGAGACGCAACUAAAAGAUUGACAAACGACUUCGUAUAUCCGGUUGGAGAGGGUGUCACUCCCCUGAGUAUGUGGGUAGUAGGUGAUUUGGAUACGAAAGAAGGCCAAAAGGUAGUGGAGGAUGCUCUCAAACAUCUUCAAACCCCAGAUGGAGCGACUAGAUUAGGAUUUAUUCAUAUCCCAAUCGACGAUCAAUCUAUUCCCAGAUCAUCCUAUCGGCUCUCUACUGUUCUAUAUCAACUCCAUGCUGCUUCUUUGCUCUCUCGAGCAACCCCUGCAGAAUUGUUGGAUAUCAUCCAAGCUCUGGAUUGGAGCAAUGAUAAUAUCAAGCUGAUAGAUAACAACUAUGGGGACGGUGUUGCGAAAGAACCGAGAUUAAUUGCUCAGGUCGAUUCUGAUGGUCGGAAAUUGUUUUCAACCCCUAUGAGUCAAGACGACACUCAGGAAUACUUUGACACCCACCCUUUGCAUAAAGCUACUUUUGAUGGAUUAUCGGCUGUAGAUGUAGCAGCUGCAGCGGAAUUUUGGAAAAUAGGCAGUGAUGUUGCCAAGAAGCUAGGUUUGAGGGAUGGUAAACCCCAUUUAUUAGUCAAUGGAAGACUGGUCGGCCCAUUGACAUCGCAGAACUUCAUUAUGGAGGAUUUUGAUGCUCUUGAACUGUACGAAUACAGAAAAAGAGUCAAACCCGUUAUCGAUCUCAUCCAGACAAUGUACGAUGAUAUCUCGGUUUUCGACAGGUCCACAUUUUCCAACCUUUUAUCGGUGUCCUCGUCGGUGAUUGCGUCAGCAUACCAACCCGAUUCAGCAGAGGGUGUCUUCGUUCCUGCCCAAAGCGCAAGAGGAAGGUCCUACAGACAACCGGACGAUAGAACUUUGUCUUUUACAUUAGGAGAUCCUGAAAAGGCUAUACUGGACAUAGCUGUCAUCGUUGACCCAGUAUCCGAGAAUGCUCAAAAAUGGUCCACCGUUCUUCAAACUCUCUCUGAAAUGGACAACGUGGCUAUCUCGGUCUAUCUUGAACCUCAACCUUUUUUGAAUGAAGUCAAACUGAAGCGAUUCUACCGGUCCUCGAUCCCUUCAAAGCUUACUUUCGACGUUGAUGGCAACGCUAUUGCUCCUGGCGUCACUUUCCUCGAUCUUCCUCCGACACCCAUCUACACUCUUGGUCUCGAUGCACCACCAUCGUGGAUCGUCUCACCCAAGACAUCGCCUUAUGAUCUCGAUAACCUAGUGCUCUCUCACGUUCGCUCACCAGUACAUAUCUCAUUCUCGCUCAAGCAGCUUUUGAUCGAAGGACAUGCAAGAGAAUCAAGUAAUACCCCUCCACGCGGUCUUCAAUUACAACUCACUACAAACGGUCUCGAAGUAGCUUCGGAUACUCAAGUAAUGGCCAAUUUAGGUUAUUUCCAAUUUAAAGCUACCCCUGGAGUAUACGAUUUAUCCAUUCGACCAGGUCGUGGGAGGGAAGUAUAUGAGCUUGAUAGUGUAGGGAACGAGGGAUGGGACAGCGCCAGUGUGAACAUAACUGGACCGGGUGUGGUAUUGGAUAGCUUCGAAGGGACAACUAUCUUGCCCAGAUUCACCCGUCGACCAGGGAUGGAAAGGGCAGACGUCCUGAAUGAGGAUGAGAAAAAGGAACCAGAUUCAUUCGCAGGCGCAGUCUUCUCAAGAAUGAGAUCCAUGGUUGGAUUUUCAAGUAAGAUAGCGGCAGCGAAACCGAAAAGUAGGCAUGCCGAUAUCAACAUAUUCACUGUUGCUUCUGGAUUACUGUACGAACGGUUCGCAUCAAUCAUGAUUUUAAGUGUUAUGAAACAUACCGAUAGUACUGUCAAAUUUUGGUUCAUUGAAAACUUCCUGUCACCUUCUUUCAUUGAGUUCAUUCCUAAACUCGCAGAAGAAUACGGAUUCCAGUAUGAAUUUGUAACUUACAAAUGGCCACAUUGGCUGAGAGCUCAAACGGAGAAGCAAAGGAUUAUAUGGGCGUAUAAGAUUUUGUUCUUAGAUGUCUUGUUCCCAAUGGAUCUUGACAAAGUCAUCUUUGUGGACGCUGAUCAAAUUGUCCGAACCGAUAUGAAGGAGUUAGUUGAUGUUGAUCUUCAUGGGAGAGUGUAUGGGUAUGCUCCUAUGGGAGAUAGUCGAAAAGAGAUGGAAGGCUUUAGAUUUUGGAAGACUGGGUAUUGGAAGGAUGCGUUGAGAGGAAGACCAUACCACAUCAGUGCACUGUAUGUAGUCGAUCUCAAAAGAUUCAGACAAUUGGCUACUGGAGACCGACUGCGUGGACAGUACCAUGCACUUUCUGCAGAUCCUAACUCCUUAGCUAACUUGGAUCAAGAUCUUCCAAACUCGAUGCAAGAUACUAUUCCAAUCUGGUCGUUGGAUCAAGAUUGGUUAUGGUGUCAAACAUGGUGCAGUGACGAAAGCCUGACAACGGCUAAGACUAUUGAUCUGUGUCAAAACCCUCUAACAAAAGAACCCAAGUUAGUUCGAGCACGCCAAAUUCCCGAGUGGGAUUUAUAUGAUCGUGAAAUAGCUACUUUUGCGGCUAAACUUGAAGGUCAAGAAGGUGGAGCAUUAGCUGCCAAUGUGGAUGAUCUGGCCUCUGAAGCUAACCCUUUAGACAGCUCUACUUCUUCAUCUAAAGUUGAUCUCGAUGAAGAGAUGGAAGUAGAGGAGAUAGAGAAAAUUGUAGACGAUGAUUCGACGGAUGAUGAAGUCAUAGAAGAAAUGUUGGAAGAGUCGAGAAGAAUAGAAGACGAGCUGUAA